UGUAGCAGCCCAGCCCAAGAAGCAGCAGCCCGCCCUAUCCUCUCCUCUACUCUACUCUCGCUCCCUCCCUCCCUUCCCUUCCCUCGACGGUCUCCCUCAGUUCACCCCGCAGCAGUUGCCGUCCGGCUCCAAGCUUCCCUCUCUUAGACAUGGCCGCGAAAGUGUGCAGACUCCUGCUGUCCCGGAACAGCGUCGCCGUGGCUUCUCCUUUCUCCUUUUCACACCGGCAACACCAGCACACAGGAACGGAGACGCUAUCUGGACCCUUCGUCCACCAGAGUGUGAGAAAAGGACACAGCCUGAGGUCCUCCAGCAGGGCAGCACUUUUCAGCCAGCCCGGCGCCUCCCUGUCUCCACAGGGCUGGAAGGGAACUCCUACAUGGCAGGCUCAGAGGCUCCUCUGCUCACCUGCUGCUUCGGAAGAGGUGACGGUGGUGUAUCACAACAGCCUGCCGGUGAUCUCGGUGAGGCUGCCGUCCCGGAGGGAGCGCUGUCAGUUCACUCUAAAACCCCUCAGCGACAGCGUGGGCAUCUUCCUCCAGCAGCUGCAAGCCGAGGACCGGGGCAUCGACCGAGUCGCCAUCUAUUCCAAAGAUGGCACAAGGAUAGCCUCUUCUACAGGGAUCGACGUUUUGCUGCUGGACGAUUUCAAGCUGGUCAUCAACGACACCACGCACCUCAUCCGGCCACCCAGAAGAGAGGUGUUGCCGCACGAGGAGGCGGAGCGGCUGAACGACGUGAAGAUCCUGGUGCAGCAGCUUUACACUACUCUGCGCAUAGAGGAGCAUCAGCUGACCAAAGAGAAAGAGCUGAUCGGACGCCUGGAAGAUCUCAACUCACAGCUUCGCCCGCUGGAAAAGGUGAAAGAUGAGCUGAGUAGGAAAGCAGAGCGUCGGACCACCUGGGUGCUGUGGGGAGGCAUGGCGUAUAUGGCCACCCAGUUUGGAGUGCUGGCACGGCUAACCUGGUGGGAGUACUCAUGGGAUAUCAUGGAGCCCGUCACCUAUUUCAUCACCUACGGCACAGCCAUGGCCAUGUACGCCUACUUCGUGCUCACACGUCAGGAGUACAUCUACCCUGAUGCCAGAGACAGACAGUAUCUGCUGUUCUUCCACAAGGGAGUAAAGAGGACACGCUUUGACAUCGAAAAGUACAACAAACUGAAGGACGACAUUGCCGAGGCCGAGUUGGACCUAAAGCGCCUGAGAGAUCCUCUCCAGCUGCACCUCCCCAUCCAGCAAUUCAGCACCAGCAAGGAUUGAUGUGAGGAAGUGAAAGCCUCCCUUCCUCCUUCCCUCUUUCCUUCUCCCAUCUCUCUCUCUCUCUCUCUCUCUCUCUCUCUCUCUUCCCUUCCUUCAUUCCACUCCUUCUCCAUUUCCCCUUUUCCUCUUUCAGCCCGCUGGUUUUGUUUUCCCGUUUGUUUCCCCUGCCACCUGUUCUUAGAAAUUUUUCUUUCUGGCAUGAAUUGGAGUUUUUUUUUUUUUUUAUAUAUCUUAUUUUUUUAAUUACUACUGUUUUUAAGUUCUAUGAUUUGGUUUUGAAAACUGCUUAAACACAGCGAGUCAAAGUAGAGGAGGAGGGGAUGGAAUGAAAUCCGACAAAAGAAAGAACGACACAUGAAAGCCCCUCUGCUGGAGAUGCCGGAGGGCAAAGUUGCUAGUUGUGCCUGCAGAAUCCUGUGCGCUCUGGUAACGCUACAGGAACACGGAGAAAACAGCAGCAGCCUACAGGAAGCUCCUGAUGCCUAACAGGAAGUGACCUCUGGGUUACGGACACGAUAUCUCGCAGACAUGCUGAAAAAACAACACGUGCAGAGACAUGCUCUUUGGUUCAGCACCUCUUAAGAUGUACUUUAAAAAAAAAAAAAAGGAAAACCUUUAAAGACCUCUUCUUUUUUUUAACAGUGGAGUUGUAUAUCUGGCACAGGAAAGAUCUUGGGCCUUUGGGCUUUUUUUUUCCUCCAGCCCUGGGAUGGGGGGGUGUAGGGACAAUCAGAUUGCAGGAGAGCUAUUUUUGACCUGAUGUCCCUGCAUGGAGCAGAGUUGUCCUCUGUCUCCCAGUCCCCUCCUGUCCUUUAGUGGCUGGGACUCCGGACUGCCGCCACAUCUCCCUGUGUCUCUAGUUGCAUCCUUAGCAUGACUGAGAGCUGUAACAGGAGUUCAACCACACUGCUGCUAAGUGUGUACGAGGAGAAGGGGUCACGUGAUGAGCAUCACUUCCUGUACAGACCUGUUGGAAGUUGCGGACCAGAGAUCUACCGGCUAAACAUCACUGUGUGUUCAAUUAUUCAAAAACAAACAUGUAUCAUGUCAGCAUCAGUUCAAACCAUUUUCAUCAUGCAUCCAGCUCCUGAUAUUAAAAUGACAAGGAAAAACAAAAAAAAAACAACCAGGCUUAACACACACACACACACACACACAAUGUUAAAUUACGAAUGCAGUUUUAGGUACGGUGACAGUGAAUCAGUCCGCUUUUGUUGCAGAUUAACAGGGGAAUGUGAAAGUGACCUGAUUCAGAAGGUUUUCUCUUCUUUUCUGUGCCAGAAAACUGUUACCCACAGUGCCUCGCAGCAUCCCGUGCAGCAUGCACGCGAUAGGGCGCUCCUGUUCCCCACGCCAUGGUCUCUCAGCCUCAGCCCCUGCGAGACAGACACACCCAUCCUUCGAGACUUGCCUGGGCUGUUUACUGUAUCAUACAAUUGCGUAAUAAAAAUGAAUAAAUAAAUAAAUAAAUAAAUAAACGAUCCGAAGCUGUACAUCUGCACAGCUCAUCUGUAUGCCAAGAAUAUACCGAAGCGUAAACAGAACCGUGUAAUAUAUUAGAUCCUAGAACUUAGUUGGUUUCUUGCACAGUUUUGCGGCAUGCUGUAGCGCGCGAGUUUUUGCAUCUUUUUCAUAUCUGACCUGGCGUCUUUAGGGGACAUGAUUUACAGGGACGGACGCAUCCCGAAGUAGUGACGGAGUAUUGGACAGCUUGAAAAUUCACACUGAUUGUUUUUUUUUUUUUUUUUUUUCCAUUUAAGACAUAAAUGCAUUUCUUAUGGACAUGGUGCUCUGUUUAAAGUCGAUUAGGAAUCACAGCGUAACUCGUAUUUGCGGGUCAGAUUGUGGUUGUGUAUGCGUUGCUGCACCUUCAGAAGAAUAUGAUGAAAUGCUUAUAUCUUUAUGCAGCCAGCUUGACAUCAUCCAAAAGCUAUGAAGGUGACAGAAUGCAUUAUAUAGAAAUUCAUACACUUGAGGAAAAUGUGUCUUUAGGUAACGAGGUUUCUGGAGGUUUCUCAUGCUCAGACAUACUGAUUAAUAUAUCGAACAGCUUGCAGAAAUAUUUUUGAAGCCUUGUGUGCUACAAAUAAGAAUUUUAUUAUUUUUUUUACCUUCCUGUCAUGCAGUCUAUACCUCCAGGCAUUCCCAGCGCUCAUGUCCAAUGGCUCAACAAGGCAAAGUGAGCUAAGGGAUUGCCUAGUUUAAGAGACCUGGAGCAGAACGGUGCUGUUUGCCGUACUUAUCCGGCUUACUUAUUCAAUCAGCGAAAUGUCAUACGCCUUGCACGGCCGCAAGUCUGCGAACAUCGCCGCUCUGAUCCGAAGAAAUGUGUCUCGAAAAAGUUUGACAUUUAUAGCAAGGGAAAAGCACAACCAUAUCCAUCCUAGAAAGGCCACAUCUGAAUAAGCAAGCUGCAUUUGACUAGCCUGGAACGAGAGAUUGGUGUAUGGUUUAAACUGUCACAGCUAUAUCAAUCAAUAAAUACUUCAAUAUAUCACGAGAAAGAGGUUUUGCUGCUCUAAGCCGUCUCGUUACGCAAAGUUUGGAAAUGCUGUCACUGUAACACAUAAGGCUUCGUCGAUAAAGACAGGCUGAUUGACAGCGUGUUUUUGUACGACUCCACGAGUACAUUUGAGCAAUCCCUACCAUAUUGGUCCUAAUCAAUAUGAGUAAGUCAAUCUCUUUCUGUGCCCCCUCGGCCUCUCGCCCUCAUACCGUCGAUAAUCAUAAAUUCUUGUAUGCUGUUGCACGCGCAGAGGACAGGAACGGUGUCUAAAAAUGACCCGCAAAAGCUAAUACCAAAAUCGUUCUGACGGUUUAAUGCCUCAUGUUUUAUCACCAUUAAGCAUUUUUACUUUUCAUUCUUCUUUUUCGUAUUAUUAUUAUUAUGAUUAUUUGGUUGUUUUCUAUAAAGGUUUGCCUUGGUUUGCUUUGCCUUUCAUUGUUUUCUUUUUUUUUUUUGUUAGUUUUUUUUACAAGAGUAUAUGUAAUAUAUGGGACUUAUUCUAAAGCGGGUGUUGCAUGAAUGUAAUGUUUACAUGGGGAAAUUAUAUAUGACCCAAAAAUAAAUUAAAAAAAAAAUUAAUAAAAACUGCAAAGAUUACAGAAUGCUGGUUUGUCGAGAAUUAAUGCAGAUUAAUUUCCUCCAUGUGCUUUGUGACUGCCCUGAAUGGUAGAUCGGCAGCCAACGUCCAGCCAUGCAUUUAUCCUUUUUCUCUUUUAAAAAAAAAAAAUCAUCUCUUUUUAUCUCUGUCUCUAUCUCUCUCUAUCCAUUUAUCUUUCGAUCACCUCUUCAUAUGCCUACAUUUAGUUUUUGUUCCCCCCCCCCCACAGCACAUGAAUUAAGUCUCAGAAGAGUGCAUUAUUUUACAUUUUUACCAUGUGCACUUAAGAAAAUAAAGUAAAAGAAUAUAUAUAGUUAUAUAUCAAUAUGAAUAAAGCAGGAUCUCAUUGUUUUCACGUUAAUGUAUUUUCUUCAUUUCUUUUUGGUUUUUAAUGAAUGGCAUCAGAUGCUGUGAUAUUGGAAGACUAUAAAAAUGUAAACUCCUGUAUCAUUUAUGAAAUGUGUAUAAAAGAGAAAUGUAAUUCACUUAUCAAUAAAUACUUAUCCAGUUUUGGA